AUGUCUUCCAACGCACGCAAAGAUAUAGGCUUGCGAGUCGAAGUUAUCGAACAGCCCGACGAUGUCUACCGUGCCUUUGAUCCCGUAUCAAAGGCAUUUGGCCACCAGGCACAAGAUGGAUUGUGGAUUGCCAUGAACCCCGGCUGGGACACAAUGGAGGGUAAACAAGCCGGUGCUAAUCGCAUGGUAUCUCGAUGGCGUGCAACGACAAAAGACGACCGAGGCAAUCCAAAUCUCAUAUUUCUCAAGGCCACGUUACCAAGUCCCGAUCAAGCAGACCGUGUCAUUGCGGGCUUCGCCAUCUGGGUACAGGCCUCGGCCGUACCUGGUCGUGGGGAUCCACCCGUGGAGAACCUGAAGGAAUCCAUGAACGUGGAGGCGCUUUUUCCCGAGAAUGAGCCGGAGCAGCGGUAUGUCUGUCAAGCCAUCGGGUCUUUGCAUGGGCGCCGAAAUCAGGUGAUCAAGGAAAAGGCUAUCGAGUCAACCCCGGCAGUGAUGAUCUUGGAUUUGUGUGCCGUAGACCCGGCUUACCAGCGGAAAGGCAUCGCUGCGGCACUGGUGCAAUGGGGUCUUGACGAAGCCAAGCGACGUGGCAUACCGGAGUGCAUCACCGAGGCAUCUGCGAUGGGACGUCACGUCUAUGCGAAAUUGGGCUUUAAGCCGGAAGGUUCUGAGAUCGAAUAUAAGGUCGAUGCGGAGUUUGCGGAUCGCGAAAGGCCUUCUAAUCUAUUUAUGCGCACAGGGGGGACUGCAUCAAACAUACUAGAUGUUGGGAGGGUUGUGAUGACUGGGACUAGCCAGGUUCGACCAUGA